AUGACUUUCGAUGAACACGAGCUCCUUCUGCCAUUUGGUUCUUCCGGAAAUACUGUUUUAAGACCACUACAGACUCACCAGCCCUUUAUGAAUGCCGAACCUGGUUCAGUAGGAAGGAAAUCAUUAUCAGCACACCAGCCA